CCCCGAGACAGCAGCAGCUGCCCCUCAGCUCCGGCUCCUUCGUCCGCCGCCAGCGCCGCGACCCCCAGAGCUGCAGCCAUGGACAGAUGCAGAGCUCCGUGCUACGAGUACCCCUCGUGCCCCGACGUGCUGAAAGCCCCGCGGGAGGAGGUCGCCUACGUGACCUGCACCUACAGGAGCACCGGCAUCGAGCAGCCCGAUUUCCUGGCCACCGUGGACCUCAACCCGCGCUCCUGCCACUACGGCCAGGUGAUCCACCGGCUGCCCAUGCCCAACCUCAAGGACGAGCUGCACUGCGCGGGCUGGGGCCCCGCCUGCGGCUGCUUCGACGGCGGCGCCGCGGCCAAAAGGACCAAGCUGGUGCUGCCGUGCCUCAUCUCCUCCCGCAUCUACGUGGUGGAUGUGGGCUCCCAGUGCCGGGCGCCGCGGAUCUGCAAGAUGAUCGAGCCCGUGGAUGUGUUCUGGAAGUGCAACAAGGGCUACCUGUCCGUCACCCACCCCCUGCCCAACGGCGACGUCCUGGUCGCCAACAUGGGCGACGCCGCUGGCCACGGCAAAGGUGGCUUCGUGGUGCUGGACGGAGAGACCUUCGAGCUGAAGGGCAACUGGGAGAACGAGUGUGAGGCUCCCCCGACCGGGCACGACUUCUGGUACCAGGCCCGGCACAACGUCCUGGUCAGCUCGGCCGGGAUGGUGCCCAGAGUGGCCGGGCGCGGCUUCAACCCCGAUGACCUCAAGAAAGGGGUCUUCGGCCGCCGCCUGAACGUGUGGAACCUGUCGUGCCGCAGCCUGACGCAGUGCUUCGACCUGGGCGAGGAUUCUCUGCCCAUGACCGUGCGCUUCCUGCACAACCCCGAGGCCGCCGAGGGCUACGUGGGCUGUGCCCUGAGCGGGGCCAUUUUCCGCUUCUACAAAUCCUGCGAGAGAGACAACUGGGCCGUGGAGGAAGUGAUCCGGAUCCCGGCCAAGGACGUGUCGGGCUGGAUCAUGCCCAAGAUGCCGGCCUUCAUCGUGGACCUCGUCAUCAGCCAGGACGACCGGUUCCUGUACGUGUGCAAUUGGCUGCACGGGGACAUCCGUCAGUACGAGCUGUCGCGGAGCUGCAAGCCGCGGCUGGUGGGGCAGGUGUUCGUGGGGGGCAGCAUCCUGCGAGGGGGCCCCGUGACCGUGUGCAGGGACGAGGAGCUCAAGUGCCAGCCCGAGCCACUGGUGGUCAAGUGCAAGCGCGUGUACGGCGGCCCCGCCGCGCUGCAGCUGAGCCUGGACGGGAAGCGGCUCUACGUGACCAACUCCUUCUACAGCACCUGGGACCGGCAGUUCUACCCCAGCCUGAUCAAGGAGGGCUCGGUGAUGCUGCAGCUCGACGUGGACACGGACAAGGGCGGCCUGAGCGUCAACAAGAACUUCCUGGUGGAUUUCGGCAAGGAGCCCAACGGGCCGUGCCUGGCGCACCAGAUCCGCUUCCCCGGCGGCGAUGCCAAGUCCGUGACCCUGCCCUGAGCGGCGCCGGCAGCGCCGCGCUCGGCAAACGGCGCCGGGGCGGGAUCGGGGU